AUGGCUGUCGAAGCGUCACUCUCACGGGCUCGAAAUGCCAAGAACCAAAAGUUAGAAGAGGCGUUGUACUUAUGGUUAAGUGACAUGUCUAGCAAAAAUGCAGCUAUUAACGAUCAAAUGUUGAUAGAAAAAGCCAAAAAUCAGGGAGGAAAAAUAAACAUCACUGAUUUUGCCUACUCCCGGGGGUGGUUAGCACGUUUCAAGUCUCGCCAUAAUGUUACCAAGCGUGUGUAUGAAGGUGAAGCGGAAAGCGCCGACAAAACUGCAGUUGUCAAGGGAAGGGAAGAACUGAAAGAAGUAUUGAAAAGUUACGAGGUUCAGGAUAUUUUCAAUUUGGAUGAAACUGGACUUUUCUUCAAACUAGGGCAAACUAUGCAUUAG